UUGUGGAUUUCAUGCAAUCCCAGAACAAGUUUCCUGAGUGACCCUCUCAAUUCCCCACUUGCUUCAUUGCCUUUACUUCUUCUCCCAUAUCAGUUUGAAGGCUGGUUCAGUGUCUGUGAUCAGUGACAGGUGCUGUGACAUUGGGACUUGGGGGCUGGAAUCAGGAAGAGAGGAAGAAACAUCUAAUACCUAGCAAAACCGAGCAAGGGGUCAGACCAUCCAAAAAACACCGUCCGGUAUAAACCUGGACAAUUGACCACCCUAGUGAAGAUCCAAAAAGAGCUUAAGAAUGGAUUCAUUUGAAGUACGGCACCGCCGGAAAAUGGAACUGUGGAAAUUGCGGGUGUUUCAGCCGAGAAAACGGGCCGGGGCGAACCCCGUCUCCACCCCGCUGCCCGGCCGGGCCCGCCCUGCCCGCAUCUCCCCGCCUCGCCCAGGAGCCGCCCCACCAGCCGCCCACAGCCUGAAGGGAAAACUCAAAGUGAAAGCUCUACCAAAGGUUAAAGAAAAUGCCGAGCUGACCCAACUAGAUGAGACUCCUUCUACCUCACAAAGGUCGAUAAUUGUACAGUUAAACAUUACAGAAAAAAUGACAAUGGAAGAAAAUAUCGAAGAUGCCAAGAACAAGGUUCUCCAGAAAGAAUCAAAAAUGGACAGUUCAGAAAGUAAAGAGAGUUUGAGAAGCAGUCCAACAACUACAGGAAUGACGACCACUAUUGAUACUCCCUCAUUUCUGAAUUUUUCUGACUCAGAUUUCUCUGAAGAUUCUGAAGAUAAUUUAAGUAGUUUCCCAUCACCUGAAGUGUUCAGGGAAGCAGAUUGCAUAGAUUUCGAUGACUCGAAUGCCCAAAACUGUCUCAAGUAUAAGAAUUCUACUCUUCUGGACACCAGCACAGCCGUAGCCAUAGAGGAGGUUCAACAAUUUUCAAAUCUUUCUGCCAUUAGAGCGACCAUUUCAGAAGACUGUGAGGAACAGCCUAGCAAGAAAAAGGGAUCAUCAAACGAUGAAAAAAUUGCUCCCAGAUCGAAGAACAUUUUAACUCCAGAAACUGGUAAGAAAGAUUGUAAGAUUUCACCUGCUGAGGAGAAAACUCCAGACACAAAGUCCAGAGUAUGUUCUUCGGCACCUGCAAGGCCAAAGAAAAAACCUAGAACUCAUUCCGAACCCAGAAAUACUCAUUUUAAAACGAGGAUAAAUUUCUCCCAUGAUUUAAAAACCAAGACUCCAUGUAACCAGAGAUCAGCCACCCAAGUUACUCCGAGUACAAGUGCAGAAAUGCUUCCAGCUAAUCACCUGGAAAGUAAAAUGAAAAAUAAGAGAUUGCGAUCAAGCACUCCAUGCUCAAAGGCAGGUGACCUCGUGCUUAAUUUAUCACCUGUGAAAAAAUCAUCUUUGGAGGAGGAAUUAUUACCAAACGUGAGCUGUUUUAUAAACUCAGAUGAAAUUGUUCCUGCAUCCUUAAAUUCAGAAGUAGGACCUCCUUAUCAGAUUCCACCUAAUGCACCUGAAAUAUGCUGUAUUCUGAGAGCUUCACCAGGAACUAGAAUGGGAAAGAUCAAAUAUGUUACCAAAAAAAAAUCCCACCUUAAAAAAAGAGCCUAAAGAUAUACUAUCAUGAUGGAUUGACUGAGGGCAAGAGAGUUAUGACUGAAUCUUUCAGUUUCCUUCCAAAGUCAAAUGACAGGUGAAGCAAAAUACACUGAACAAGUUUGCCUGGUUGAAAUUUGUAACCUAAAAUAAAUAUAUGAAAAUUGAUAGAUAUUAUUAAUAUUUUUGUAGCUCAAAGUAGGUUGGAUCUUGUUCUCAAAUGUUCCAUACGUUAAAUAGCCAUUUCAUUUUGAGCAGUCAAGUUGAGUUCUAAAUGUUGUCCUAAAAGCAAAAGAUUAAAAAAGUAUGUGUGACAUUUAAAAUAGUUGAAAGGAAUUUGUAAAAUUGUUUGUGUUGUAGGUUCAUAAGUACGAUUAGGUUGUUGUCAGAGUUUAUU